AUGCUCGUGGUAGACAUCGGCGGAGGCACGACAGAUCUCUGCUAUGUGUGCCCAGGCGACAUUGGUGAAAAGACUCUCAUGCUCAAGGGAGAUAGGGGCGUCAGCACUCUUGACGGCUCAGUCAAGAUCAACAAAAUGUUCAUAGAGCAUUUGCGGACACAAGUACCACGACAAGUGCUCGAGGCUUUGCUUGGGUUGGCUAGCACUGCACUCGAAUUUGACGACGUGUUGGAAUUUUUUUCAUCAGAAUUCGAAUUCCACAAAAGAAUUGCUGGAAAAAACCCGCAAGCUUUUGUAAUCACGACUUCUUACAAGACCCACCUGUCAACUCGUGAUUGUCAUGGAAUUCAAGAAACUGAAUACCCCGAUUUUUUGGUCACUGAGGACGGUCUCCUUGUAAAAGGAGGGGUGAUGCAAAGAAUAUUCUGUGACUGGCUGAAGAACAUAUUCCACGUUGUGGACAAGACACUGAGGCGCCUUCAGAGGCAGUCUGCGACCAUUGUUCUGACUGGAUGGGGAAGUCGCCCGCCUUACGUAUUUGCAGCUUUUGUGGACCGUUACUCACGACAGGGAGUUAAUGUGGAGAUGGUGAGCGACUUGGCUAAAACGCCUGUCGUCGCACAGGGCGGAUUCUUGGCUCUUGCAACUCAAAAGAACAUCAUGAGAAAAGUUGCCCGCGCUGACCUUAUGUAUCGCCUUAACUCCACGAGCAGCUUCCGCCACCUUGAUCACGAGGGUACAGCACAGAUCCUGGUUGAAGAGGGUGCAGAUUUGGGCAACCUCAAUCAGCAGUUUUCCAACAGACGUACGGUCAUCACGGAAAAUCCAGUCUUCCCGCUUACUCUCAAACUUGACAUCUUGACAAACAGAGAAUUCGGAACCAUGGAGAACGAAGGCACGAUCCAACUUGAGCUCGAGAGUCUGGAACGAUGCGGUUUUCAGCUGGAGCAACGCGCAGGUGGCAUACCUGUCCUGGAGCUCGAAUACUCUGUGAAAAUUGAUUUGUCGGGGUUGGGGACGUUGUUGGUUAUGACCGUCCCUUACACUGGUCAUUUUGACGACAUUAUCAGUGACAGCAGCCUCGACAUGGUUGUGUCUGAAUUGGUCAAUAUCGAGAAACAUGCUGCUCUAAUGGAAGGCAUAGACGAGCCAUAG